AUGGUGAUGCUACGAUUGACUGCGGAGCAGUACAGGAAGCUCCCUAUCUUGGUGGAGGAGUCGACCUGCGUGGGAAAGACCUAUGUCAUCACCGGAGGCAACUCUGGCUUGGGCCUAGAGACCGCGCGGCACCUCGUCGCGGCUUCCGCAGCGACUGUUGUACUGGCCGUAAGAAACAUUACCGCCGGCGAAGCGGCUAAGGCAGACAUUGAGAAGUCGACAGGACGCAAGGGCGUCGUACAGGUUCGGCAUCUGGACCUUUCAACCUACGCUGCCGUUCAAGUCUUUGCCAAGCAGAUUUCCCAGGAGCUGGACAGGAUCGACGGCUUCGUGUGCAACGCCGGCAUCAUGAUUGACCAGUGGGAGACUUUCGAAGGCGUCGAAAGCAGCAUCUUCGUCAAUGUUGUCAACACGGUGUUUCUGGGAGCCUUGAUGAUGCCCAAGCUGAUUGAGAGCGCGCGCAAGUUCGGCAUCAAGCCUACGCUCGUCUUCAUCGUCAGCGUGCUGGGGUACACCGUCAAGGCGGAGAUGGACAAGAGCCGCAAUGGGAACGUCUUUGAUGGGCUGAACGACCAAAAGCGUGCAAACAUGGACUCAAGGUACGCUCUCACAAAGCUGGUUGAGGAAUUUGCCGUCCGCCAGUUUGCGGCCCAAUUUCCCGUAGACCGUACGGGCGUGGUAAUUACGAUGGUGGCCCCUGGUCUUUGCACCACCGGACUGGGACGCGAUGCGAGGACAUUCACCAAGAUCAUGCAUGAGGCGGUUCGGGCCAUGAUGGCCCGCACAGCCGAGGUGGGUAGUCGCACUAUCAUCCACGGUCUGGUGGUUGGCGAGGAGGGUCAUGGAAAGCUUUUAUCUGGCUGCAAGAUCAAGGAAUUCUGGGUCCCGGAUUGGGUCAGCAACGAUGAGGGUCAGCGCCUGCAAAAGGCGACAUGGAAGGAGCUUGUGGCCAAGCUGGAACAGGCACAGCCUGGAUGCAUUUCUCAGAUUUCGUAG